AUGCCUCAACCAAAACGAUUACAACAAUCCAAUGGAUCCACCACGACAGCCGUCGCUCCUCCUCCUGCUCCGCUUCCAACAUCUGCCAAUCCCAGGCCUACUGCCACUACCACUGCAGCUGCUGUUGUAGUUCAUCCUCAUCCGAAAGAGAAAUCGGUGGUUUAUCAAUUGAGUACAUCUUUACAAUAUGUAGUUGCAAAAGACGCUAUCACUAAUCCUCAAGUUGCCAAUCAUCAAGCCCUAGCUUCUCAAAAACCUGCCAAUUACAAACCUAGCAAUGGUGUAUUCUCUUCUCCCUUUAGACCUGAGAUAGAGAGUAAUGCCAACCUGAAAAUCAAUGUUGCCCCUUCACCAUCGAAUGGCACCAACGGCCUCUAUUUGAGUCCCUCGCUUAAAGCUAAUCCUGGUAUCUGGUCUCCCAAAUUAUCUCUGAAAUAUGUCAUGCAAGAUCAACCAUUGACACUGCUUCCUGUUGGACGUAGAAUGAAUGGGCAAGAUGAUCAAAGAAGCUAUGAUGAUAAUUCGGAAUGCCAGCUUAGAAUUAUUGAUUUACUUAUCCACGGUGACGAACCCAAAAUACUACUUGAAGACACAUACGAGAUCCAAGGUGCUUAUUAUCGCGGUUUCUAUGUCAUGAUGGCAAAACGACAAAUUCAGCACAACUUUGUAUUCGCAUAUCCUGAUCAUCCAUGGUUUGAAGAUCUGUAUGGGAUGAGAAAGAGUGCCUAUGUCGCUAUGCGCACGGAGGAUGGUGAAUUAUAUGAACUGCAUUUGAAACCCUCAAGAGAUAAACAAUUUUUAUUUGGCUAUCUCGUCAAGCAUGAGGCUAUGGUCCACAUCGUCAAAGAGUCUAUGAAGGAACUACUACAUUGCAGAAAAUUACCAUUGGUGCUUGAUUUGGAUGAUACUCUUGUGCGUAUCGUUGGUGAAGGAAAUGAAAGACAUGUCCCUGAAGCCGAUAUUUCCAAAUGCAGAGAUCGUGUAGCAGUAUUGAAAGAUGGAAGAAGAGUCGUGCUGACUGAAGGAGUGCAUGAAUUUCUCCAAUGGGCCCAGCAGUUCUUUGAUAUCUCUGUCUGUUCCUUAGGAGAUCAAAAUUAUGUGGAAAACGUUGUCAACGCAUUAGAUCCUCAAGGUGUAUGUAUCAGAGGCAUCAAAUACUCUGCACGCAGUGAGCAUGAUUACAUCAAACGAUCCCCUGAUCCAGGAAGGCCACCCAAAGAUUUAUUGGCUUUGUAUAGUUUCUGUGCACUCAAGGACAAAACAGUUGGUUCAUCAUUCCAGCUACCUCUUAUUCUUGAUGACGAAACUCGUAUGUGGCCUGCGGAUCAAAUAGACAACAUUAUCGAAGUGACAAGCCAAAGAGAUAGCCCUGUCUGGUCUGUUUCAUUAUUCCCUGUCGUGAGAGACACUUUACAGUACAUCCAUCAAGAGUUCUUUAGACAAUACGAUAUCUGGAUGCAAAAAAAUCAAGAAGCAGCACAACAUGGAUUCGUAUACACCCGACUACCACCAAGCGCAGUAGGAAUAUACAAGACAUAUCUUCGACAUAUUCUAAGAGACAAGAUUGCUAGCGUGCCAGCUUCCCAAGCUCCCCGCUCUUAA